AUGGAAGUUGACCAAUCCUCCACUCUCGCCUCGACUGAUAAGGUCAAAGGCCCAGAAAUAAUUAUGCCAGUUGUGACCCAAGUAUCCCUUGAUAAAGACCAGGCUUACGACGCUCUUAAAUUACUUGGUGAUCCAAAAAGAAUAAACUCACAAAACUUUGAUGAUAAACCCGUUAUUACCAAAUCAAAAAGAGGAAGAAAAGCUCUUGCUGUAAGCGAAGGACAUAUAGACACAACUGGAAGGACUCAUAUCAUGACUAUUGGAAGGUCAAAACCUCCGACACCGAAAAAGAAGGAUCCAAAGGCUCCAAAAGCCAUUAAGCAAAGCAAUAAUUAUUGCAGACGAUGCGAGCAAAAUGAUGAAUAUAACCACGUGCUUAAUGAUCGAAUUGGCAAAUUAGAAAGUUUGGUAAAUAAGUUGACUAACGCAACAAAAUACAAUAAUAAUACGCAAAAAAAUCCUCAAACGCUGUCUAAUAUUGGAACGGUAGAACUUUUUAAUCUAUCUAAUCAAAUAACACCGAAUAUCGACACUUUUAAUGAUCGAAUUGGAAAAUUAGAAAAUAUAAUAAAUAAGUAUACUCAUACAACAAUUCCUCAAUCGUUAUUUUAUACUGGGACGGAAGAUCCUUUUGAGAUGCAAAGUCAAAUACAAGAUCUGAUGGAACCUCCGGCAACAACAUCAACGCCAUAUAUCGGUAUAACUAAUGAACCAAUCGGACAUUUAGAAAGUUUACUUAAUAAACCGAAACUUCCUCAACCCUAUAUUGGAACAGAAAAACCUUUUGAGAUGCAAAUUCAAUUGCAUUCCCAAAUGGCAUCUCCGUCAUCUACAUUAACUCCCUCGUAUGAACCAGUAGAUUUCGCAAAUUGGUCCAUUUACCAACAAUACGAAUAA